AAGAGGAAGUGUAUCAUCGCGACGGUCGUCAUCGUGAUCGUCUUCAUCAUCGCCGUUGCAGUCGCUGUGCCAGUCGGCCUCAUCUUUGGGAAUGGCGGAUCCAGUUCCUCUGGUUCUGGUUCGGGUUCGGGUUCGGAUGGUACAAAGUACAACAACUACGCCACUUCUGGAACCGACGGAUCGACAGUUGUCCUCGCCAAUGGAACUUCUGUCGUCUACCGAAAUGCCUUCGGUGGAAGGUGGGCAUCAGGUCUUACAGACGACUCGGCGCAGGCCCAAAACUACACAAAGCCUUUGUCUGAGGACUGGGAUUGGGCAAAUGACAAGAUCUAUGGUGUCAACCUGGGAGGAUGGCUCGUCACUGAGCCAUUCAUUGCUCCUGCUCUGUACGAGCCCUAUGCGAACACAUCCUCGCCUGCCGUCGAUGAGUACACUCUAUCUGCCCUCUACCUUGCUGAAGGUGGCCAAGCCAACCUAGAGGCGCGGAUGAGACAACAUUACGACACUUUCAUUACCGAGGCCGACUUUAUGGAGAUUGCAGCAGCAGGUCUCAACUGGGUCCGACUGCCUAUUGGAUUCUGGGCCAUUGAGACCAUCGAGGGGGAGACGUUCUUAGAAAAGGUGUCCUGGGAGUACGUCCUCAAGGCCAUCGAAUGGGCCCGCAAGUACGGAAUUAGGAUCAACCUCGAUUUCCACGCCAUGCCUGGAGGGCAGAAUACGUACAACCACUCUGGACGAUUGGGCUACAUGUCUUUCCUGAAUGGUGUGAUGGGCAUCGCCAAUGCUCAACGAGCGUUGAACUACGUUCGAAUCCUCACCGAAUUCAUCACGCAGCCCGAGAUCCGCAAAGUGAUCCCGAUGUUCAGCGUCCUCAAUGAGCCAAAUCUGCCUUUCGGUAUCGGUACCGAGCAGCUCAAGUCCUACUAUGCCGAGGCGUACUUCACCGUACGAAACAUUACCGGCUACGGAGCAGACAACGGCCCGAUGAUCGCCUUCCACGACGGCUUUGAAGGUUUGGACAACUUCAAGAACUUCCUUACCAACUCCGACCGUGUUGCCUACGACACUCACCCUUACGUCGCCUUUACACCACCUUUCACAAAUUCGUAUGAUACUCAAAUUGCUUACGUCUGCAACUCGUUCUCCCAGACGACCAGCAACGCUUUCAAUCAGCACGGCCUGUACCUUGCCGGUGAAUUCUCUCUUGCCAUCAACGACUGCGGUCUGUAUCUCAACAACGUCGGGCAGGGAGUCCGAUACGACGGAACCUACCCCGGCCUCACCGAAGUGUACGGAUCGUGUACCCCCUUUGAUGACUGGACAUCUUACAAUGCCUCUCACAUCCAGGACCUCCACAACUUCGCCAUUGCUCAAAUGAGCUCGUUGAGAAACUUCUUCUUCUGGACCUGGACUAUUGGCGAUUCGACCCUUACCAAUGCCACUGUGAAUCCUGCGUGGAACUACAAGCUAGGUCUGCAACAGGGCUGGCUGCCCACUGAUCUCAAUGCCGCAUUGUCGGACCCGGUAUGUCUGGAUUUGGCCUCGACGAUCACAACGGGCUCGAUCACUGCUGCCUCGGCUACGACUUGGUCUGGAACUAUGUCAGCAUGGCAGACGGGUGCAGCUUCGUCUUAUCCGGUCACGGUGGCUGCCUCGAAUGCUUGGCCACCAGCGACGCUGGAGACGACGACGACGCAGAGCAUGACGAUUCCUGCCUCUUCGCUGCCAGCAUACACAAAGACUGGAGCUGUGUCCUCGCUCCCAAUGCCUUCGUUCACCGUCUCUCAAAAGGGCGAGGCUACACCAACGAUUGGCAGCUGGUACAAUGCGAGCGAUACGAGCCCGAUGUGGGUUGCCAUUGCUGGCUGUGCCAUGCCUGGUCCUUAC